UCUCUAUCCGAUACAUCAAUGAAUAUCAAUCACUACGUCAGUGCUACCAACUAACGAAAUUCGUACCGAGUGGUAGGUAGGUUCACCAGUUCUUUGGCUGGAAGUCUACUCGAGUACAUUAUACAUACACAGUCAGUGUAAGUAGUAAACUAACCUGGAUAGCCAAGAUAUUUUGAUCUUGGCCUACUCGAGUAUAUUAUAUAGCACCUACUAACUUCUUACUUCUAUCUCCCAAGUGUGCUUCUCCUUCCCUCAUCCGUCCUUUUCAGCUCAUCCCAUUCAAUAAAAUCGAAUUUCCAAAAUCCCCAUCUCAUCCCAUCCAUCCCGAAUAAUAUCCAUCACUUGAUUCCCCAGAAUCGCAUUCUACGAAUUAGCUCCAGUUCACUAUACCGAUCCAAGCCCGCCCUCUCUCCCCAAUCCCAAAAUCAAAAUGUGCGAUGGAAUCGAUCUCCCAGUCUCAUGGGUUUGUAUCCAAUGUGGCACCGAUCAAAACCCGUGUCAUGUUAAGGUGGUCGGUCCCACGCUUGGAUUCGGAAUUGGAGUACUCAGCGCCGUAAGCAUUGUAUUCUUCAAUCAUACAUACGUCAUACAUCAUACAAUAUAUACAACUACACCGCAUCCAUCUACCGACUAACGAUCUCUUCUCUUGAAUCGAUUUAAACUGACAAGAAGAAACAGUUGGUCUGCUGGCCGGCUUCAAUAUUCGUAGGUUGCUGCGCUACUGAGACCGGUAAAAAGUAUGUUACCAACUUACCACUUGCCCCUCACCAUAUCCCCCCACUCGGAUCGCUGUGCCAGCCGAAAAUUUUCAGGACUAACCAAGGUAUACAAAUUAGGAUGUUAGGUGCGCCGGUGGAUAUCAAUGGACAAGUCUCGAACGCUAUACCGUUUUAAACGGGAAUAUUCACCCUCGGAGGAAACUCCAAUCGCGAAAGUUGAGUGGGGAACAAAGUAGGGAAACGACGGUAAUAUGUAAGAGAAGGAGGGAAGGGGAUGACAAUGGGAUUUUCGGUGUAAUGGGCAAAACGAGGGAUAUAUAACAUGGGAAUGAUUUCAUGGAGAUAUUUGGUCUGGUAUAGUUUGAUACGUAUGUAUAAUGAGCGCCUGA